UCCAGUUCCCAGGAUGCAGAGCAGCGGCCAAGCUCCUGGCUCUUCUUCCAUCCCCCUCUCGGGAAAGAUUGCCCCUGGCCAAGGCAAGGGGGCAGUUGGAGGUUCAGGGACUGAUAACUCCAAGGGAAAGGAAUUAGAAAGUGGCCGCAGUCCUAGUUUCACGAGCCGGGCGGUAAAGGAGGUAGUUCCCUGGUCCGCGCGAAGAAGUGGAAGGGGUGCUUCAUUCCCACGUGUCUGCACAGCAGCCGGCCCGGCGCAAUCGGGGUUAACCCGUGGCGGAGGGGUCCCGCAGCGUGUGCGUAGAACUGCAGAGUCACAGCCUUCCCUCCGAAAGGGCGGUAUCCCUCCGCCGCUCCGCUCCAACACAAAAUAGGGCCGCGUCUUCUCCUUUCUCCCCUUCUCGAGUGGGGUUCCCCAGGCAAAAGCUCCCCCGCGGACCUCGCCCCGGAGGCUUCCUGAAUCUCUACGACCGCUACCGAGAUCUCGGGCCAGGAAAUAGCCCUUUCGCAGGAACCACCCUACCGGCCGAACAGGAGGCGGAGGGGGGGAGGCGGAGCGGCGCCGCGCUGCACUACUUUCCUCUCCGGUUGCAAAUGGCUGCCUCGUUCCCCACUUUCCGCUCAGUUUCCUGACCCCCGGCGCCGGGAGCCGGGGUUGGGCCAUGCACCUCUAGGCUCUUCGCGAUCACAGCCAGCCGGGGGUCGAGGGGGUGCCGCCGAUCAGAGCCGGCCAGGCCGGGGGCGGGGCAGCUCCCGAGGCCAGAGGGGAAGGGAGGCGAGCUCAGGGCCUGGAGCGGCCGGAGGGGAGCGGGCAGAGGGCUCGCACCGCCCGCCCCUUCCUCUUCCUCGCCCACCUACCCUCCUCCCUUCCCCGGGGGGAGUAGAAGGUGGGGGGCUCGAAGCCGCCGAGGGCGAGCGCUUGGGGUCGAGGAGCCCGGCGCUGGGUGUGUGUCAGGUUCAGUUCCGCGGCCCCGCCGGCUCCGCGUCGCUGUAGCUCGCGCGGCCCCGGGGCGCCGGCCCGGGCGGGGAGAGGGGCUCGGCGCUCCUGCGAGGGUCUCACGUUCCAUCCGGGCCCGGCGCGGCAUUCCUUCCGGGCUGCUGGGGAGGCGCCUCGACGUUCCAUCUGGAGAGCCUCGACGUUCCGCCCGAGCCCGGCGCGGGCGGCCGGGGCGCUGGCCCGGCCCUAGGAUCGAGAGGCCGCCCGACGACGCGGAUGCGGAGCCUGCUCGCCCAAGAUCAAAGCCACCGGUGCUCUCUUUGUGUCCGCUCGGGAUUCGCCGCCCAAGGGCUGUUCAUGGAAACCUAAACUGCUGGAACCCGAGGCAGAGAACCCCUCGUUGGCUUCUUGCUCUUUUUUGGGGGGGAGGGUGGCCACUCCGACCUGGAUUUACCGUUCUUGGCCCUCCUAGGCCCCCCCGUGUGGGGGGCGGCUGUGAUCGCUCUGGCGGUUGGAGGUCGGGGAGCGGCCCGGGCUCUGGCCAUGUUCUCGGAUGAGGAUUUCUGGAUCGUCCUGUGAAGAGGUCUCCCCGAGAGGGCCCUGCCCAGUCGGAGAGAGGGAUGGACAGCCAGAAGCCGCCUGGUGAGGAUAAAGAUUCAGAACCAGCAGCUAAUGGACCUGCAGCCUCUGAGGAGUCAGGCACCACUGAACCAGACCUUCCCAACCCACAUGUGGGGGAGGUUUCAGUGCCCAGUUCUGGGGCUCCCAGGCUUCAGGAGCCUCCCCAGGACUGCAGUGGGGGUCCAGUGCGGCGUUGUGCUCUCUGCAAUUGCGGGGAGCCCAGUCUGCAUGGGCAGCGGGAGCUACAGCGCUUUGAGUUGCCAUUUGACUGGCCCCGGUGUCCAGUGGUGUCCCCUGGGGGGAACCCAGGGCCCAGUGAGGCAGCAUGGCCCAAUGAGGACCUGUCACAGAUUGGUUUCCCUGAGGGCCUGACACCUGCCCACCUAGGAGAACCUGGAGGGUCCUGCUGGGCCCACCAUUGGUGUGCUGCAUGGUCGGCAGGAGUAUGGGGGCAACAGGGCCCAGAACUAUGUGGUGUGGACAAGGCCAUCUUCUCAGGGAUCUCACAGCGCUGCUCCCACUGCACCAGGCUCGGUGCCUCCAUCCCUUGCCGCUCGCCCGGAUGUCCACGGCUUUACCACUUCCCCUGUGCCACCGCCAGUGGUUCCUUCCUAUCCAUGAGAACACUGCAGCUGCUAUGCCCAGAGCACAGCAAGGGGGCUGCACAUCUGGAGGAAGCUCGUUGUGCAGUAUGUGAGGGGCCAGGGGAAUUGUGUGACCUGUUCUUCUGCACCAGCUGUGGGCAUCACUAUCACGGGGCCUGUCUGGAUACUGCUCUGACUGCCCGCAAGCGUGCUGGCUGGCAGUGCCCUGAGUGCAAAGUGUGCCAAGCCUGCAGGAAACCCGGGAAUGACUCUAAGAUGUUGGUCUGUGAGACAUGUGACAAAGGAUACCAUACCUUCUGCCUAAAACCACCUAUGGAGGAACUGCCUGCUCACUCUUGGAAGUGCAAGGCAUGUCGGGUGUGCCGGGCCUGUGGGGCAGGCUCAGCAGAACUGAAUCCCAACUCUGAGUGGUUUGAGAACUUCUCGCUCUGUUACCGUUGUCACAAAGUCCAGGGAGGACAGCCUGUCAGUUCUGUUGCUGAGCAGCUUCCCUCUGCCUGUAGCAGAUUCUCACCCCCAGAGCCCGGUGAUAACUCCACUGAUGAGCCCAAUGCUCUGUACAGCCAAGGGCAGCCAAAGGGUGGGCACAUGACCUCUAUGCAAUCCAAGGAACUGGGGCCCCUGCAAUGUGAAGCCAAACCACUAGGGAGAGCAGGGGCCCAACUUGAGCCCCAGUUGGAGGCCCCCCUAAGUGAGGAGAUGCCACUGCUGCCCCCACCUGAGGAGUCGCCCCUGUCCCCACCACCUGAGGAGUCACCCACAUCCCCGCCGCCUGAGGCAUCACGCCUGUCCACACCACCUGAGGAGUCACCCCUCUCCCCACCACCUGAGGAGUCUCCUCUGUCUCCCCCUCCAGAAUCAUCACCUUUUUCUCCACUGGAGGAGUCACCCCCAUCUCCCCCCCGACUUGAGACACCCCUGUCCCCACCGUCUGAAGCAUCACCCCUGUCCCCCCCAUUUGAGGAGUCUCCUCUGUCCCCUCCACCCGAGGAAUUGCCCACUUCCCCACCACCAGAGGCAUCUCGCCUGUCCCCACCACCUGAGGAGUCACCCCUGUCUCCUCCACCUGAAGAGUUGCCCAGGUCCCCACCGCCUGAGGCGUCUUGUCUGUUUCCACCAUUUGAAGAAUCACCCCUGUCCCCUCCACCUGAAGAGUCUCCUCUCUCCCCACCACCCGAGGCAUCGCGCCUGUCCCCACUGCCUGAGGACUCACCCAUGUCCCCGCCACCUGAAGACUCACCUAUGUCCCCACCGCCUGAAGUGUCACGCCUGUCCCCACCACCUGAGGAAUCUCCCUUGUCCCCACCACCUGAGGAAUCUCCCACAUCCCCUCCACCUGAGGCUUCACGCCUGUCCCCACCACCUGAGGACUCACCUGCUUCCCCGCCACUUGAAGACUUACAUGCUUCCCCACCACCGGAGGAUUUGCUUAUGUCCCUGCCACUUGAGGAGUCACCUCUGCCCCUUGCACCUGAGGAGCCACGUCUGUCCCCUGCACCUGAGGAGUCACAUCGUUCCCCCCGGCCUGAGGAGCCAUACCUGUCUUUGACGCCAGAAGAGCUGCAUCUAUCUCCUCAACCUGCGGAGCCUCAUCUUCCCCACCAGCCUAAGGAGCCGUACCUGCCGCCUGCACUCGAGGAGCCACAUCUGUCUGCCCAGCCUGAGGAGCCGUGUUUGUCCCCCCGGCCUGAGGAGCUACACCUGUCCCCCAGGCCUGAGGAGCCACGUCUGUCCCCGCAGCCACAGGAGCUGGGUCUGUCCCCCCAGCCUGAGGAGCCACACUUGUCCCCUGGGCCUGCGGAGCUGCUUCUGUCCCCCCGGCCUGAGGAGCCAUUCCUGUCCCCCGAGCCUGAGAACCUACAGCUGUCCCCUGGGCCUGAAGAGCCCUGCCUGUCCCCCCAGCGUGAGGAACCACACCUGUCCCCUCAACCUGAGGAGCCCCCUGAGGAGCCAGGCCUGUGCCCUGCACCUGAGGAAUUACCCUCGUUCCUCCCGCCUGGGGAGCCAUGCUCAUCCUCUUUGCUUGGAGAGCAGGUCCUGUCUGAGCCUGGGGAACCAGCUUUGUCCCCUUUGCCUGAGGAGCUGCCGCUGUCCCCAGCUGGGGAGCCAUCAUUGUCGCCUCAGCUGAUGCCACCAGAUCCUCUUCCUCCUCCGCUCUCACCCAUUAUCACAGCUGUGGCCCCGCCAGCCCUGUCUCCUUUGGGGGAGUUAGAGUACCGCUUUGGUGCCAAAGGGGAUAGUGACCCUGAGUCACCAUUGGCGGCCCCUAUCCUAGAGACACCCAUUAGCCCUCCCCCAGAAGCUAACUGCACUGACCCUGAGCCUGUACCCCCUAUGAUCCUCCCCCCAUCUCCAGGCUCCCCAGUGGGACCAGCCUCUCCCAUUCUGAUGGAGCCCCUUCCUCCUCGGUGUUCUCCGCUCCUCCAGCAUUCCCUGCCUCCCCAAAACUCCUCUCCUUCCCAGUGCUCUCCUCCUGCUCUACCGCUGUCCAUUCGCUGUCUACUGAGUCCCAUGGAGAAGGCAGUGGAGGUCUCAGAUGAGGCUGAGCCACAUGAAAUGGACACUGAGAAAGUCCUUGAACCUGAGUGCCCAGCCUUGGAACCCAGCCCUACUAGUCCUCUCCCCUCCCCGAUGGGGAACCUUUCCUGCCCCGCCCCCAGCCCUGCCCCAGCCCUGGAUGAUUUCUCUGGCUUGGGGGAAGACACAGCCCCUCUGGAUGGGACUGACACUCCUUGUUCACAGCCAGAACCUGGACAGACCCCUGGCAGUUUGACUAGUGAACUUAAGGGUUCCCCUGUGCUCCUGGACCCCGAGGAGCUGGCCCCUGUGACCCCUAUGGAGGUCUAUGGCCCAGAAUGCAAGCAGACAGGGCAGGGAUCACCCUGUGAAGAGCAAGAGGAGCUGCGUGCACCAGUGGCCCCCACCCCACCCACUCUCAUCAAAUCCGACAUCGUUAAUGAGAUCUCCAAUCUGAGCCAGGGUGAUGCCAGUGCCAGUUUUCCUGGCUCAGAGCCCCUGCUAGGCUCUCCUGACCCCGAAGGGGGUGGCUCCUUGUCCAUGGAGCUGGGGGUAUCUACAGAUGUUAGUCCAGCCCGAGAUGAGGGCUCCCUGCGGCUCUGUACCGACUCGCUGCCAGAGACUGAUGAUUCGCUGUUGUGUGAUGCUGGGACAGCUGUCAGCGGAGGCAAAGCUGAGGGGGACAAGGGGAGGCGGCGCAGCUCCCCAGCUCGUUCCCGCAUCAAACAGGGUCGCAGCAAUAGUUUCCCAGGAAGGCGCCGUCCACGUGGAGGAGCACAUGGAGGACGUGGGAGAGGACGGGCCCGGCUAAAAUCAACUACUUCUUCCAUUGAGACUCUGGUAGUUGCUGAUAUCGAUAGCUCUCCCAGCAAGGAAGAAGACGAUGACGAUGACGACACCAUGCAAAAUACUGUGGUUCUCUUCUCCAACACAGACAAGUUUGUCCUAAUGCAGGACAUGUGUGUGGUAUGUGGCAGCUUUGGCCGGGGGGCAGAGGGCCACCUCCUUGCCUGCUCCCAGUGUUCUCAGUGCUAUCACCCUUACUGUGUCAAUAGCAAGAUCACCAAGGUGAUGCUGCUAAAGGGCUGGCGUUGUGUGGAGUGCAUCGUGUGUGAGGUGUGCGGCCAGGCCUCAGACCCCUCACGCCUUCUGCUCUGUGAUGACUGUGACAUUAGCUACCACACGUACUGUCUGGACCCCCCACUGCUCACCGUGCCCAAGGGCGGCUGGAAGUGCAAGUGGUGUGUGUCUUGUAUGCAGUGUGGGGCCGCCUCCCCUGGCUUCCACUGUGAAUGGCAGAAUAGUUACACGCACUGUGGGCCCUGUGCCAGCCUGGUGACCUGCCCUAUCUGUCAUGCCCCGUAUGUGGAAGAGGACCUACUAAUCCAGUGCCGCCACUGUGAACGGUGGAUGCAUGCUGGCUGUGAGAGCCUCUUCACAGAGGAUGACGUGGAGCAAGCAGCUGACGAGGGCUUUGACUGUGUCUCCUGCCAGCCUUACGUGGUAAAGCCUGCUGCGCCUGUUGCACCUCCAGAGUUGGUUCCUAUGAAGGUGAAAGAGCCAGAGCCCCAGUACUUUCGCUUCGAGGGCGUGUGGCUGACAGAAACUGGCAUGGCUGUGCUGCGUAACCUGACCAUGUCGCCCCUGCACAAGCGGCGCCAACGGCGAGGACGGCUUGGCCUCCCAGGCGAGGCAGGGCUAGAGGGUUCUGAGCCCUCAGAUGCCCUUGGCCCUGAUGACAAGAAGGAUGGAGACCUGGACGCUGAUGAGCUGCUCAAGGGUGAAGGCGGUGUGGAGCACAUGGAAUGUGAGGUCAAGCUGGAGGGCCCCCCUAGCCCUGAUGUGGAGCCUGGCAAAGAGGAGACGGAGGAAAGCAAAAAGCGCAAACGCAAACCCUAUAGGCCUGGCAUCGGUGGUUUCAUGGUGCGACAGCGGAAAUCCCACACACGUGUGAAAAAGGGGCCUGCUGCACAGGCGGAGGUGUUGAGUGGGGAUGGGCAGCCCGACGAGGGUGAGACGGUGAUGUCUGCCGACUUACCUGCAGAGGGCUCCAUGGACCAGAACUUAGCUGAUGGGGAUGAGAAGAAGAAGCAGCAGCGGCGAGGGCGUAAGAAGAGCAAACUUGAAGACAUGUUCCCUACUUACCUGCAGGAAGCCUUCUUUGGGAAGGAGCUGUUGGACCUGAGCCGGAAGGCCCUUUUUGCAGUUGGGAUGGGCCGGCCAACCUUUGGACUAGGAACCCCAAAAGCCAAGGGAGAUGGGGCCUUAGAUAGGAAGGAGCUCCCCACCUCACAAAAAGGAGAUGACGGUCCAGAUGUUGCAGAUGAAGAAUCCCGGGGCCCCGAGGGCAAGGCUGACACUCCAGGACCUGAGGAUGGGGGCAUAAAGGCAUCCCCAGUGCCCAGUGACCCUGAGAAGCCAGGAACCCCGGGUGAAGGGAUGCUUAGCUCUGACUUAGACAGGAUUCCCACGGAAGAACUGCCUAAGAUGGAAUCCAAGGACCUGCAGCAGCUCUUCAAGGAUGUUCUGGGCUCCGAACGAGAGCAACAUCUAGGUUGCGGAACCCCUGGCCUAGACGGCAGCCGUACACCAUUGCAGAGGCCCUUUCCUCAAGGUGGACUCCCUUUGGGCACUCUUCCUUCUAGCAGCCCAAUGGACUCUUACCCAGGCCUCUGCCAGUCCCCCUUCCUGGAUUCUAGGGAGCGCGGGGGCUUCUUUAGCCCGGAACCCGGUGAGCCAGACAGCCCCUGGACGGGCUCUGGGGGCACCACGCCCUCUACCCCCACCACGCCCACCACAGAGGGUGAGGGCGAUGGGCUCUCCUAUAACCAACGGAGUCUUCAGCGCUGGGAGAAGGAUGAGGAAUUGGGCCAGCUCUCCACCAUCUCACCUGUGCUCUAUGCCAACAUUAACUUUCCCAAUCUCAAGCAAGAUUAUCCAGACUGGUCUAGCCGUUGCAAACAAAUCAUGAAGCUCUGGAGAAAAGUUCCAGCCACUGACAAAGCCCCCUAUUUGCAAAAGGCCAAAGAUAACCGGGCAGCUCACCGCAUCAACAAGGUGCAAAAGCAGGCUGAGAGCCAAAUCAACAAGCAGACAAAGGUGGGCGACAUGGCCCGUAAGACUGACCGACCGGCUCUACAUCUCCGCAUUCCCCCCCAGCCAGGGGCUCUGGGCAGUCCGCCCCCUGCUGCCGCCCCCACCAUUUUCAUUGGCAGCCCCACUACCCCCGCCGGCUUGUCUACCUCUGCGGAUGGGUUCCUGAAGCCGCCGGCAGGCACGGUGCCCGGCCCCGACUCACCCGGUGAGCUCUUCCUCAAGCUCCCACCCCAGGUGCCCGCCCAAGUGCCUUCGCAGGACCCCUUUGGACUGGCCCCCGCCUACGCUCUGGAGCCCCGCUUCCCCACGGCACCACCCGCCUAUCCUCCCUAUCCUAGUCCGACUGGGGCCCCUACACAGCCCCCGACGCUGGGCACCUCAUCUCAUCCUGGGACUGGCCAGCCAGGGGAAUUCCACACUACCCCGCCUGGCACCCCUCGACACCAGCCCGCCACACCUGAUCCCUUCCUCAAACCCCGCUGCCCCUCUCUGGACAACCUGGCUGUGCCUGAGAGCCCAGGGGUAGGGGGAGGCAAGGCUUCGGAGCCCCUGCUGUCACCCCCACCUUUUGGGGAGUCUCGGAAGGCCCUAGAGGUGAAGAAGGAAGAGCUUGGGGCAUCUUCUCCUAGCUAUGGGCCCCCAAACCUGGGCUUUGUUGACUCACCCUCCUCAGGCCCUCACCUGGGUGGCAUGGAGUUAAAGGCACCUGAUGUCUUCAAAGCCCCUCUAACCCCUCGGGCGUCUCAGGUAGAGCCUCAGAGCCCUGGUUUGGGCCUAAGACCCCAGGAGCCACCCCCUGCCCAGGCUUUGGCUCCUUCUCCUCCCAGCCACUCAGACAUUUUUCGCUCUGGCCCCUAUCCUGAUGCCUAUGCCCAGCCCCCAUUGACUCCUCGGCCCCAACUCCCACCCUCUGAGAGCUGCUGUGCCCUACCCUCCCGCUCAUUGCCCUCCGACCCUUUCUCCCGAGUACCUGCCAGUCCCCAGUCCCAGUCCAGCUCCCAGUCUCCCUUGACACCCCGUCCUCUGUCUGCUGAGGCUUUCUGUCCAUCUCCUGUUACUCCUCGCUUCCAGUCCCCUGACCCUUACUCCCGCCCACCCUCACGCCCCCAGUCCCGUGACCCUUUUGCCCCACUUCAUAAGCCACCCCGACCCCAGCCCCCUGAAGUUGCCUUCAAGGCUGGGCCUCUAGCCCACACUCCACUGGGGGCUGGGGGCUUCCCAGCAGCCCUGCCCUCAGGACCAGCAGGUGAGCUCCAUGCCAAGGUCCCAAGUGGGCAGCCCCCCAAUUUUGCCCGGUCCCCUGGGACAGGUGCAUUUGUGGGUACCCCCUCUCCCAUGCGUUUCACUUUCCCUCAGGCAGUAGGGGAGCCUUCCCUAAAGCCCCCUGUCCCUCAGCCUGGUCUCCCUCCACCCCAUGGGAUCAACAGCCAUUUUGGGCCGGGCCCUACCUUGGGCAAGCCUCAAAGCACAAACUACACAGUAGCCACAGGGAACUUCCACCCAUCGGGCAGCCCCCUGGGAUCCAGCAGUGGGUCCACAGGAGAGGGCUACGGGCUGUCCCCACUACGCCCCCCAUCAGUCCUACAACCACCUGCACCCGAUGGAUCCCUCCCCUACCUGUCCCAUGGAGCCUCACAGCGGGCAGGCAUCACCUCUCCAGUUGAUAAGCGAGAAGACCCAGGGGCUGGAAUGGGCAGUUCUUUGGCGGCACCCGAACUUCCAGGUACCCAGGACCCAGGCAUGUCCAGUCUCAGCCAGACAGAGCUGGAAAAGCAACGGCAGCGCCAACGACUACGGGAGCUGCUGAUACGGCAGCAGAUCCAGCGCAACACCCUGCGGCAGGAGAAGGAAACGGCUGCGGCAGCUGCUGGGGUGGUGGGGCCCCCAGGCACCUGGGGUGCUGAGCCUAGCAGCCCUGCCUUUGAGCAGCUGAGCCGAGGCCAGACCCCCUUUGCUGGCACCCAGGACAAGAACAGCCUUGUGGCGCUGCCCCCAAGCAAGCUGGGUGGCCCCAUCCUGGGGCCCGGGGCUUUCCCUAGCGAUGACCGGCUCUCUCGGCCACCUCCACCAGCCACCCCUUCUAUGGAUGUGAGCAGCCGGCAACUGGUGGGAGGCUCCCAGGCCUUCUACCAGCGCACGCCCUAUGCAGGGCCGCUGCCCUCACAGCAGCAGCAGCAGCAGCAGCUGUGGCAGCAGCAGCAGCAGCAGGCGACAGCAGCCUCCAUGCGCCUCGCCAUGUCCGCUCGCUUCCCCUCAGCUGGGCCUGAGCUGAGCCGCCAAGCCCUAGGCUCCCCCUUGGCGGGAGUUCCCACCCGCCUGCCUGGCCCUGGUGAGCCAGUGCCUGGUCCAGCUGGUCCUGCCCAGUUCAUUGAGUUGCGGCACAAUGUACAGAAAGGACUAGGACCCGGGGGGACUCCGUUUCCCGGCCAGGGCCCCCCUCAGAGACCCCGUUUUUACCCCGUGAGUGAGGAGUCCCACCGACUGGCCCCUGAAGGGCUCCGAGGCCUGGCAAUAUCAGGCCUUCCCCCCCAGAAACCCUCGGCCCCACCAGCCCCUGAACUAAACAGCCUCCAUCCAGCACCCCAUACCAAGGGCCCCACCCUGCCCACUGGCUUGGAGCUGGUCAGCCGGCCCCCCUCAAGCACUGAGCUUGGCCGACCCCCUCCUCUGGCCCUGGAAGCUGGGAAGUUACCCUGUGAGGAUCCUGAGCUGGAUGAUGACUUUGAUGCCCAUAAGGCCCUAGAGGAUGACGAGGAGCUUGCUCACCUGGGCCUGGGUGUGGAUGUGGCCAAGGGAGAUGAUGAGUUGGGCACCCUGGAAAACCUGGAGACCAACGACCCCCACCUGGAUGACCUGCUCAAUGGGGAUGAGUUUGACCUACUGGCCUACACUGAUCCUGAGCUGGAUACUGGGGACAAGAAGGACAUCUUCAAUGAGCACCUGAGGCUGGUGGAGUCGGCCAAUGAAAAGGCCGAGCGGGAGGCCCUGCUUCGCGGGGUAGAGCCAGGACCCUUGGUCCCUGAGGAGCGCCCUCUGCCUGCUGCUGAGGCCUCUGAACCCCGUCUGGCACCGGUGCUCUCUGAUGUGAAGCCCAAGGUGGAGGAGGGUGGGCGCCACCCUUCCCCUUGCCAGUUCACCAUGACCACCCCCAAAGCAGAGCCAGCACCUGCCACCACUUCCCUAGGCCUGGGGCUGAAGCCAGGACAGAAUGUGAUGGGCAGCCGGGACACCCGGCUGGGCACAGGACCCUUUUCUAGCAGUGGGCACACAACUGAGAAGGGCUCUUUUGGGGCCUCUGGAGGACCACCAGCUCACCUGCUGACCCCCAGCCCACUGAAUGUCCCAGGAGGGUCCUCCUUGCUGGAAAAGUUUGAGCUAGAGAGUGGGGCCCUUACCUUGCCUGGUGGACAUGCAGCAGCUGGGGAUGAGCUGGACAAAAUGGAGAGCUCACUGGUAGCCAGUGAAUUGCCCUUGCUCAUCGAGGACCUGUUGGAGCAUGAGAAGAAGGAGCUGCAGAAGAAGCAGCAGCUUUCAGCACAGCUGCAGCCUGCGCAGCAGCAGCAUUCCCUGCUGUCCACACCAGGCCCUGCCCAGGCCAUGUCUUUGCCACAUGAGGGCUCUUCUUCUAGUAUGUCUGGGCCCCAACAGCAGCUCGCCCUGGGACUUGGAGGUUCCCGACAGCCAGGCUUGGCCCAACCACUGAUGCCCACCCAGCCACCAGCUCAUGCCCUUCAGCAGCGCCUGGCCCCAUCCAUGGCCAUGGUAUCCAACCAAGGGCAUAUGCAAAGUGGGCAGCAUGGGGGGCAGGCAGGCUUGGUGCCCCAGCAGAGCCAACAGUCAGUGCUGGCACAGAAGCCCAUGGGUACUAUGUCACCUUCCAUGUGCAUGAAACCCCAGCAGCUGGCGAUGCAGCAGCAGCUGGCUAACAGCUUCUUCCCGGAUACAGACCUGGACAAGUUUGCUGCAGAAGAUAUCAUUGAUCCCAUUGCAAAGGCUAAGAUGGUGGCUUUGAAAGGCAUCAAGAAGGUAAUGGCUCAGGGCAGCAUUGGAGUGGCACCUGGUAUGAACAGGCAGCAAGUGUCCCUGCUAGCCCAGAGACUCUCAGGGGGGCCCAGCAGUGAUCUGCAGAAUCAUGUGGUAGCUGGGAGUGGACAGGAGCGGAGUGCUGGUGACCCUUCCCAGCCUCGUCCCAAUCCACCUGCUUUUGCCCAGGGAGUGAUCAAUGAGGCUGACCAGCGGCAGUAUGAGGAGUGGCUGUUCCAUACCCAACAGCUCCUGCAGAUGCAGCUGAAGGUGCUCGAGGAGCAGAUUGGUGUGCACCGCAAGUCCCGAAAGGCUCUGUGUGCCAAGCAGCGCACUGCCAAAAAGGCCGGCCGUGAGUUCCCAGAAGCUGACGCUGAGAAGCUCAAGCUGGUUACGGAGCAGCAGAGCAAGAUCCAGAAACAGCUAGAUCAGGUGCGGAAGCAGCAGAAGGAGCACACGAACCUGAUGGCAGAGUAUCGCAACAAGCAACAGCAGCAGCAGCAGCAGCAACAGCAGCAGCAGCAGCAGCAGCAGCACUCGGCCGUGCUGGCCCUCAGCCCUUCCCAGAGCCCACGGCUGAUCACCAAGCUGCCUGGUCAGCUGCUUCCUGGCCAUGGGCUGCAGCCUCCACCAGGGCCCCCGGGUGGGCAGGCUGCAGGUCUUCGCCUGCCCCCCGGGGGCAUGGCACUACCUGGACAGCCUGGUGGCCCCUUCCUCAGCACGACCCUGGCCCAGCAGCAGCAACAGCAACAUUCUGGUGGGGCUGGGGCCCUGGCUGGUCCCUCAGGGGGCUUUUUCCCUGGCAACCUUGCUCUUCGAGGCCUAGGACCCGAUUCGAGGCUUUUACAGGAGAGGCAGCUGCAGCUGCAGCAGCAACGUAUGCAACUUGCCCAGAAACUGCAACAGCAGCAACAGCAGCAGCAGCAGCACCUCCUAGGACAGGUGGCAGUCCAGCAGCAACAGCAGCAGGGCCCAGGGGUACAGGCCAACCAGGCUUUGGGGCCCAAGCCCCAGGGGCUUCUGCCUCCCAGCAGCCAUCAAGGCCUCUUGGUCCAGCAGCUGUCCCCCCAAGCAUCUCAGGGGCCCCAGGGCAUGCUGGGCCCUGCCCAGGUGGCAGUAUUGCAGCAGCCACAGCAGCAGCAGCAGCACCCUGGGGCAUUGGGCGCCCAGGGUUCUCACAGACAGGUGCUUCUGACCCAGUCCCGGGUGCUGAGUUCUCCCCAGCUGGCACAGCAGGGUCAGGGCCUUAUGGGACACCGGCUGGUCACAGCCCAGCAACAACAGCAGCAGCAGCAGCAACACCAACAGCAGGGCUCCAUGGCAGGGCUUUCCCAUCUUCAGCAGGGUCUGCUGCCACACAGCGGGCAGCCCAAACUGACUGCUCAGCCCAUGGCCACCUUACAGCAGCAGCAGCAGCAGCAGCAGCAGCUUCAGCAACAGCAACUUCAGCAGCAGCAGCAGCAACUUCAACAGCAGCAGCAGCAACUUCAGCAGCAGCAGCUUCAACAGCAGCAGCAACAACAGCAACUUCAGCAGCAGCAGCAGCUUCAGCAGCAACAGUUACAACAGCAACAGCAGCUGCAGCAGCAGCAGCAGCAGCAGCAGCAGCAGAUGAGCCUCUUGAACCAGAGCCGAACUUUAUUGUCUCCGCAGCAGCAGCAACAGCAGGUGACACUCGACCCCGGCACACCAGCCAAGCCUCUGCAACACUUUACUAGUCCUGGAGCUCUGGGCCCAACCCUCCUCCUAAUGGGCAAGGAGAAAAGCAUUGUAGAAACGGCUCUUCCUCCGGAGGCCACUGAGGGGUCCAGCCCACAUCAGGGAGGGCCUUUAGCAGUAGGGAUUGUGCCUGAGCCAGUGGCCCCUGAGCCAGGGGAGGUAAAGCCCUCACUCUCCGGGGACUCACCGCUCCUGCUUGUCCAACACCAGGCCCAGCCUCAGCCCCACUCUGUGCAGCUGCAGCCGCCUCUGAGGCUCCCAGGACAGCAGCAACCGCAAGCCAGCGGGCCCCACCCAGCAGGUGUGGGAAGCCACGCACAGCCAGGCAGUGGAUCAUCUGAGGCCUCGUCUGUACCCCACCUGCUGGCCCAGUCCUCUGUUUCCUUAGGGGAGCAGCCUGGGCCCAUGGCCCAGAACCUUCUGGGCUCCCAACAGCCCCUCGGAUUAGAGCGGCCUGUGCAGGGUAACACAGGGCCACAGCCUGCCAAACCAGGAUCUGUGCCCCAGUCUGUGCAGGGCCUACCUGGGGCUGGACUCAUGCCCACUGUGGGUCAGCUUCGGGCACAGCUCCAAGGAGUCCUGGCCAAAACCCCACAGCUGCGGCACCUGAGCCCCCAACAGCAGCAGCAGCUACAGGCGCUGCUUGUGCAGCGGCAGCUGCAGCAGGGCCAGUCCAUGCGCCACGCCCCCCCCUACCAGGAGCCUGCUGCCCAGCCCUCUCCCCUCCAGGGCCUUCUGGGCCGCCAGCCCCAGCCUGGGGGCUUCCCUGGACCCCAGACAGGCCCCCUCCAGGAGCCAGGAGCAGGGCUCCGACCUCAGGGCCCACCCCGGCUUCCCGCCCCACAAGGAGCCUUAUCCACAGGACCAGUCCUUGGCCCUGUCCAUCCCACACCUCUACCAUCCAGCCCUCAAGAGCCAAAGAGAUCUUCCUCACAGUUACCUUCCCCCAGCACUCAGCUUCCCUCUGAGGCCCACCUCACCCCAACCCAGCCAGGGACCCCAAAACCCCAGGGGCCACCCUUGGAGCUGCCUCCUGGGAGGCUCUCACCUGCUGCUGCCCAGCUUGCAGAUUCCUUCUUUGGCAAGAGUCUGAGACCUUGGGACCCCUCAGAUGCCCUGGUAGAAGCCCAGAAGCCGGAGCAGAGCGGCCUGGUACCUGGGCAUCUGGAGCAGGUGAAUGGACAGGCAGUGCUGGAGCCACCCCAUCUCAGCAUCAAGCAGGAACCUCGAGAAGAGCCAUGUGCCCUGGGAGCCCAGGCAGUGAAGAGGGAAGCCAACGGGGAGCCAGGAGGGGCACCAGGUACCAGCAACCACCUCCUGCUGGCAGGCCCCCGCUCAGAGGCAGGGCAUCUGCUCCUGCAGAAGCUUCUACGGGCAAAGAAUGUGCAACUCGGCACUGGGCGGGGGCCCGAGGGGCUGCGAGCUGAGAUCAACGGGCACAUUGACAGCAAGCUGGCUGGGCUGGAGCAGAAACUACAGGGUACCCCCAGCAACAAGGAGGAUAUAGCAGCAAGGAAGCCUUUAACACCGAAGCCCAAGCGGGUACAGAAGGCCAGCGACAGGUUGGUGAGCUCCCGAAAGAAGCUGCGGAAGGAGGACGGGGUCAGGGCCAGCGAGGCCUUGCUGAAACAGCUGCAACAGGAGCUGUCCCUGCUGCCCCUAACAGAGCCUACCAUCACCGCCAAUUUUAGCCUCUUUGCUCCCUUUGGUAGUGGCUGCCCAGUCAGUGGGCAGUGCCAGCUGAGGGGGGCCUUUGGAAGUGGGGCACUGGCCUCUGGCCCUGACUACUAUUCCCAGCUGCUUACCAAGAAUAACCUGAGUAACCCGCCGACACCACCCUCGUCGCUGCCGCCCACCCCACCCCCAUCGGUGCAGCAGAAGAUGGUGAAUGGCGUCACUCCAUCUGAAGAGCUGGGGGAGCACCCCAAGGAUGCCACCUCUGCCCGGGACGCUGAGAGCACGCUGAGGGACCCCUCAGAUGCUUCAGAGGUGAAGAGUCUAGACUUGCUGGCCGCCUUGCCUACACCCCCCCACAAUCAGACUGAGGAUGUCAGGAUGGAGAGUGAUGAGGACAGCGACUCUCCUGACAGCAUUGUGCCAGCUUCGUCUCCUGAGAGCAUCCUGGGGGAGGAAGCCUCUCGUUUCCCUCAGCUGGGCUCAGGCCGGUGGGAGCAGGAUGACCGAGCUCUCUCCCCUGUUAUCCCCAUCAUUCCUCGGGCCAGCAUCCCAGUCUUCCCAGAUACUAAACCUUACGGGGCCCUAGACCUGGAAGCCCCUGGAAAGCUACCUACCACAACCUGGGAAAAGGGCAAAGGAAGUGAGGUGUCAGUCAUGUUGACAGUCUCUGCUGCUGCAGCCAAGAACCUGAGUGGUGUUAUGGUGGCAGUGGCAGAGCUGCUAAGCAUGAAGAUCCCCAACUCCUAUGAGGUGCUGUUCCCAGAGAGCCCUGCCCGGGCAGGCAUUGAGCCUAAGAAGGGGGAAGCUGAGGGCCCUGGUGGGAAAGAAAAGGGCCUGGGCGGCAAGAGCCCAGAAACUGGCACUGACUGGCUGAGGCAGUUUGAUGCAGUGUUGCCUGGCUAUACGCUCAAGAGCCAGCUAGACAUCUUGAGCCUCCUGAAACAGGAGAGCCCUGUCCCAGAGCCACCCACCCAACACAGCUACACCUACAACGUCUCCAAUCUGGAUGUGCGACAGCUUUCGGCCCCGCCUCCUGAGGAACCCUCCCCACCCCCAUCCCCUUUGGCCCCCUCUCCUGCCAGCCCCCCUGCUGAGCCCCUGGUUGAACUCCCCACUGAGCCUUCAGCUGAGCCACCAGUCCCUUCGCCUCUGCUGCUGGCCUCAUCCCCUGAGUCAGCCCGGCCCAAGCCCCGAGCCCGGCCCCCUGAGGAAGGUGAAGAUUCCCACCCCCCUCGCCUCAAAAAGUGGAAGGGGGUGCGCUGGAAGCGACUGCGACUGCUGCUGACCAUCCAGAAAGGCAGUGGGCGGCAGGAGGAUGAGCGCGAAGUGGCAGAGUUUAUGGAACAGCUCGGCACAGCCCUGCGACCUGACAAGGUGCCUCGAGACAUGCGGCGUUGCUGCUUCUGUCAUGAGGAGGGUGAUGGGGCCACUGAUGGGCCUGCCCGCCUGCUGAACCUGGACCUGGACCUGUGGGUGCACCUCAACUGCGCCCUGUGGUCUACGGAGGUGUAUGAGACCCAGGGUGGGGCUCUAAUGAAUGUGGAGGUUGCCCUGCACCGAGGACUACUAACCAAGUGCUCCCUGUGCCAGCGCACCGGUGCCACCAGCAGCUGCAAUCGCAUGCGUUGCCCCAACGUCUACCAUUUUGCCUGCGCCAUCCGCGCCAAGUGCAUGUUCUUCAAGGACAAGACCAUGCUGUGUCCAGUGCAUAAGAUCAAGGGGCCCUGUGAGCAAGAGCUGAGCUCUUUUGCUGUCUUCCGGCGGGUCUACAUUGAGCGGGAUGAGGUGAAGCAGAUCGCCAGCAUCAUCCAGCGGGGAGAGCGGCUACACAUGUUCCGUGUCGGGGGCCUUGUAUUCCACGCCAUUGGACAGCUGCUGCCACACCAGAUGGCCGACUUCCACAGUGCCAGCGCCCUGUACCCUGUGGGCUAUGAGGCCACACGCAUCUACUGGAGCCUUCGCACCAACAACCGCCGCUGCUGCUAUCGCUGCUCCAUCGGUGAGAACAACGGGCGGCCGGAGUUUGUCAUCAAGGUCGUCGAGCAGGGCCUGGAGGACCUGGUCUUCACCGACACCUCUCCCCAGGCUGUGUGGAAUCGCAUCAUUGAGCCUGUAGCUGCCAUGAGAAAAGAGGCUGACAUGCUUCGGCUCUUCCCUGAGUAUCUGAAAGGCGAGGAGCUCUUUGGGCUGACGGUGCACGCUGUACUACGCAUAGCUGAAUCACUGCCUGGAGUGGAGAGCUGUCAAAACUAUUUAUUCCGCUAUGGACGCCACCCCCUGAUGGAGCUACCACUCAUGAUCAACCCUACUGGUUGUGCCCGAUCAGAGCCUAAAAUCCUCACACACUACAAACGCGUUUUCACAUCCAUUAUCUCAUUUGAUCCUCACAACAACCUUAUGAGGCCCCACACUCUGAACAGCACCAGCAUGUCCAAAGCAUAUCAGAGCACCUUCACAGGCGAGACCAACACCCCGUACAGCAAGCAGUUUGUGCACUCCAAGUCAUCUCAGUACCGGCGACUGCGCACUGAGUGGAAGAACAAUGUGUAUCUGGCUCGCUCUCGUAUCCAGGGCCUGGGGCUCUAUGCAGCCAAGGACCUAGAAAAGCACACAAUGGUCAUCGAGUACAUUGGUACCAUCAUUCGCAACGAGGUGGCCAAUCGGCGGGAGAAAAUCUAUGAGGAGCAGAACCGAGGCAUCUACAUGUUCCGAAUAAAUAAUGAACAUGUGAUUGAUGCUACCUUGACUGGAGGCCCUGCCAGGUACAUUAACCAUUCCUGUGCGCCUAACUGUGUGGCGGAAGUUGUCACAUUUGACAAGGAGGAUAAAAUCAUCAUCAUCUCCAGCCGGCGAAUCCCCAAAGGAGAGGAGCUGACCUAUGACUAUCAGUUUGACUUUGAGGACGAUCAGCACAAGAUCCCCUGCCACUGUGGAGCCUGGAAUUGUCGGAAAUGGAUGAACUAAGAAGCUUUGAGGCUACCAGGCAGGGGAGUCCCCCCACCCCCAACCUCUUCCCUGAAAGGGAUGAGGGGGAAGAGAGGUAGCAGCCAGACCCAGGACCCAGGGCUGGGGCUGCCGGCUAACCGGAGCCCCUGGAGCAGGAGGCUGGGGCAGAGGGCCCUAGGCCAAGCCCACCCUGGGCACCAGGGACAACCUUCUUCCCCGCCACCGGCCCCCAGGCUGGCAUCUCUGCCCCCAGCUCCAGGAGGGGCCAGACAGAAGCAGCCAUUGGGCAUCUCAGGUUCGAGGGGGAUAUGGGCCGGGAACUACCCAGAAGCAUCUGGGAGGCAGCAGGGAGUGGGGAGGAGGAUGUGUGGCCGGGCCUCACAGCCCUGCUGCUCCCACCGACCUCUCCGGCCCAACGCAAGGCUGCAAAGAGACUUGACUAAGCUUGACAAUCCCAAAGGCCGGGUCCCACACCUGGCCCUGCCUGCCGGGUCCUGCCCCCACCCUCACCCCCAUUCCCUUCCCUCUCAAUCUGUCUCUGUCUUCCCCUUCUCCUCUGUGUUUCUGUCUCUCUAUGGGUUGUGUUUCCUUGUUUUCCACUCUGACAAAUGCAACAUGAACGGGAAAGAGGCGCCCAGCUGCCCAGGAGGGCAAGCCAGGCAUGCCGGGCAAGGAGACCCCGCACCCACACCUACCUCAUUUAAGUGUUGGAUUUUUUGCUGUUUUGAAAUGUGAGACCCUCUCCAAGCCCCUACUGCCCCAACCCUCUCUCCCACCUCACUGCCCUCUUCUGAGUGGGUGGAAGGGGGUAGGAGGAGUAAGAAAACAACAACAAAAAAUCCAUCUUUGUUUUUAAUUAUGGGCAAGGGAUGGUGGUUAAGGCUAAUGAUGACGAAGAUUGGGGAUGACUGGCCCCUAGUUGCUCUAGGACUUCCUUCUCCAUCUGGAUAUGGGGGCAGGAGGGGUGUGCUAAACCUAGGACCAGGAUAUCUCCCUCCUGUUUUCCCAACCUCAUCAUGAGCCCAUUUGCCCUCCAGCCCCUGGAUGGGGUGGGUGGGUGGUAGGGUGAGGGCUAUCCCUGAGUGGCAUGCCCAUACCCAGUGAGGCAGGGUGUGGCCUGGAGCUCCCACUUUCCCUCAGUCACCAAACUGCUGCUGGUCUGGUGGGAAGGGGUGGUGAUGUGGGGGUGGGGGAGCUUAGUGUCAGCGCGGGGAGGGUGGGGGGUAUUUAUCUAUUUAUACAUGGGAUUGUACAUAGUCUUGUGGGGCAUGGGGGAGCCGGCUGGAGGUGAGAACCCUCCCCUCUCCCCCCACCCCCGGGGAGAGCAAAUGUAAAACUACUAAUUUUUGUGCUUUAUAUAUUCUAUAUAAAUAUAUCUAUUUUCUUUUUACAAAACCAGUUUAUAAAUGGUAGGGGGGUGUGGGGCGGACACAUGGAGCUCCCCUUGUGGGGGGGCCCCCUCCAUUACCCAACCUACCGCCCUUUUCCUCACCCCUUCUCCCCACCCCCUGGCUGUGACUGCUGUAAGGUGGGGGUAUAGAGGCUGGGAGAUUCCCACCCCCUGUUGUAUAGUUGGACUAUGUUAUAACGCACAAAAGUGAGCUGGCCCCAGGGGGAGCCAGAGAGUGAUGGGGUCCUUGCCUCCCUUUCCUUCCCCUUUCUGCCCAAGCUUGUGCUGCAGUUGAACCUCUUCCUGGGGGUAGGGGUAGGUCAGGUGGGUGAGGCCCCAGACCCUUCUCUGUAGGGAGCUGUGGGAAUGAAGAUGAAGCUUAUAUGCAGUUCUCUUCUAGGGGCUGUGGGCAAAGGGCAUUUUGUAAUUAAUAUUUUCAAGAAACAAAUGUCUGGAGUGUAGGGGUGGACUUGUUGGCAGUGGAUGGGUGGGCCUGCUGGAGGGGGAGCACGGUCGCUGUUGUGAUUUUAGGUUUGUUUUUGUUUUGUUUUUGAAUUUGGGGGUUGCGGAUUGAUGGGGGUAGGGAGAUUUUUUUUUUUUAAGCUGCUUCCUCAACUGUUUCAAGCUGCAAAUGUAUAAGAGAACAACAUCCCCUAACCCCCACAGAAACCACUGUAAUUAAAUCAGACAGUGGUGAGACUGGGCUGCUGCCCCCAAAGCCAUUGGAUGUUCCUUUUCCAAGAGCAAAAGGUCUAGGCUACAGGGAGGGGGAGAUUGGCUCCUGUGAAUCAGGCUCUGGUUAGGGCUUGGGCGCUGGCAUUAGGAAGAGGGGAUGGGGCAGACUUUGUUAAGCAUAUGCUAGGUAUCCGAUAGUCCUGUAGACUUUAGUGAAGAAACCUUAAACAGUUUUUAAUUUUUAUAUAAACUAACUCAGACCCAAGCUACGAGGUUGGAAUUUUGGUUGUUGGUUUUUUUUUUAAGUACCCCGCCUGUAUAAUUGCAUCAGAAUCCCCCCGCCCUCCCCACCCCCGUGUUUGUAUUUUGGGUUGGUUUACACUUGCACAUACUCAAUUUUCAGUUUUUCCCCUUUACAGUCUUCUCCCCUCACCUUCAGGACCCUCCCCCUUUUUAAAAAAUAAAUCGCUGACAAGUGUGAAUCCCGUGAAGACUUUAUUUUGUGUUGUGUGUAUCCUGUACAGCAAGGUUGGUCCUUCGUAACAACGGAUGAAAUGAUUCCCCUUUCUAAGGCGCCCUCUCUCCCUCCACCCCCAGCGCCCUCGUCCUUGGCAUGUUUUGUAUCAGCGAUCAUUCUGAACUGUACAUAAUUUACGUUGCAAGAGGCAAAGGGCAAGUUUUGGAUUUUGCUUCUUCCAAGUUUGUUUUUAAACGACAAAUAAAAAAAGAACAUUUUAAAUACAA